CUCACUGCACAAUUAACUCGACGAUUAAAAGAUUAUACACAUAUUGUAACAAGUACACGAACUAUGGCUGUACGUUUACAUAAUUCGCAUAAUAAUGACCAACCAAUUACACCACGUUUUGAUUGUUGUAAUUUAUUUGAACGAGAUUUAAA